GUAAACGUCGCGAAGGGAACAAAUAGAUGUUGCCAUGACAACAUAAACAAUGAAUACAAAUGUCAACCCAUCGACACUUUUGUAACUAAAAAUUAAACCUGGUGUAGAUUUUUGCCCCUGGUGCAACACACAAUGAUUUCAUCAUCUGAUUCUCUACUACAAUACGACAAUCCGAUUGUGGUCCGGACAAACACUGGGAUAAAACCACCAAAGGGACAUGUUACACGAACGAGCCUUCAGCAGCAAGUUGAUGUUGCAACCAUUCUAUCCAAACCCAAAUCUGCUCCUGCUGAAGACACCAAGCAAGACAAUGAGCUACUGAAUGCUAUUUUUCCGCCCAGGGUAUGGGAAGAUGGACACGAACUGUGGAUACAGCAAGUAUCCAGUGCACCAUGUACAAGAGCAGAUGUCAUACACUUGGAGGAACUCCUGGACACAAAACUGCGGCAAAGACAGGCCAGAGAACCCGGCAUCUGUCCUGUUCGCAGAGAACUAUAUUCCCAGUGUUUUGAUGAGCUAAUCAGACAGGUAACCAUCAUGUGUGCUGAGAGGGGUCUGCUGCUGUUGCGGGUCAGAGAUGAGAUACUGACAACUAUCGCCGCCUACCAGACAUUGUAUGAGAGCAGCAUAGCUUUUGGCAUAAGGAAAGCACUGCAGGCUAAGAAGGGCGACGUUGACAUGGGAAAAAGAGUUUCAGAUCUGGAGAAUGAGAGAAACGAUCUGAUAAAGCAACUCAACGAGCAGAAAGCCAAAUGUGAUGAAAUUGAAAAAAGAGAAGCAGAAAAGAGACAGGUGCAGGAAAAGAACUACAUGGAGGAGAUUCAGUUCCUGAAGAGAACAAAUCAACAGCUUAAGACCCAAAUUGAUGGGAUAAUUACACCACCGAAGUAAAACAAGCAAAAUCUGUUGCCAAUUCCCUCUAAAGUAGGUUAUCAAAUAUGUCCUGUUGCUCUACUUAAUAAACAAUA